UAAAAAGAAGCCGAGAUGUCUGAGGGAAAGAAGAUGACAUCGAGCCGCAGGCAUCAUCUCAAGAGUUUGAUCCUGCAGAUCGCUGCUAACUGGCUGGAGCAGGAAGCUAGCGAACUCAAAGCCGCCAAAGAAGCUUACAUGGCGGAGAAAUGUGCCACCCCCGACAUGAGCGGAGACCAGGCGUCUCUGAUGGAAGUCUGCAAGAAGCUGCACCAGUCCCUCGACAAGAUCGAUGAGGAGAGGUACGACAGUGAGGCCAAAGUGACAAAGUCAGAUAAAGAGAUUGACGAUCUGAAGCUGAAGGUGGUGGAGCUGGGCGGCGUGAAGAAACCGGCCCUGAAGAAGGUUCGUAUGUCGGCCGACUCCAUGCUGCAGGCUCUGCUGGGAGGAAAACACAAGGUGACCAUGGACCUGAGGGCCAACCUGAAGCAGGUCAAGAAGGAGGUCAAAGAGGAGUCGGCGGAGGCGGGUGACUGGCGUAAGAACAUCGAGGAUAAGGCCGACAGGAAGAAGAUGUUCGAGACUUCCUAAAGACUUUCACUUCCU